UCUCAGCGGAGGUGAAAGCUGGAGGUUCUUAUCGUCAACUCUCAUGUGGCCUCGUCGCAUCAAUCCUAUUAUUUUGGUCCACAAGAAUAAUUCUAGAGACGUAUUAAAUUUACAAAGACCAUGGAGAUGGAUGCGUUGAACGCCUUUAACGGGGAGAUGUUGUCCAUGAUAGAGAUGACACCACCAAUCUCUCGAGCCAAAAUGAUGUCUGUAACCAAAGCAGGGAUUAAAGCUAUUAAGCUUUACAAGCAUGUUGUUCAAAUCGUGGAGAAGUUCGUCAAGAGGUGUAAACCAGAUCUAAAGGUUGCUGGUCUCUAUGUGGUCGACUCAAUUAUCAGACAGUCCCGUCACCAGUUUGGUGCGGACAAAGAUGUUUUUGCCCCAAGGUUUUUGAAAAAUUUCAACGCAACAUUUGAGAACCUUUAUCAAUGCCCAGCUGAUGACAAGGGGAAGAUACUGCGUGUGUUGAAUCUAUGGCAGAAGAAUGAGGUGUUUGGCAUGGACAUCAUACAGCCGCUGUUAGAUAUGGCCACAGUUCCAGUGCUUCCUGUCUUAGAGAAUGGAACCACAGUGAGCGCUCCUCCCGCCGUGUUGAUGGCAGUACCACAGUCUGCACCUCUGCCUGUACCAGUGCCUGUACCACAGCCUGUACCAGCUGCUGCCACCACGGUAGUGGCCCCACACACUGUUCAGAGCCCAGUGGCCCUUGCUGCUGUCACGCAGCUACUCCAGGGUACUCGGGGCAUAGAGUUACAGCAACUGCUCCAGACUCUGCAGCAGAGUGGAGGGGCGGGGCUUUCUCAGCCCAGUGCCCCGCCCACUGAACAGAAGACAUCACUAGCUAAGUCUCUGCUGGAUCGAUUUGACUACGACGAUGAACCAGAACCAGUUGAGGAAAAAACCGAACCACCCUCUGCCGCUCCUAUUAUCAUAAACCUCCCCCCUGAAUUACAGCAAGCCCUGCAAGCACACCUUCUAAGCCAAAUAGCUAACCAGACUCAGAUACAGAUGCAGGGCCACGUGGCGUCUCAGGAGUUAUCUGCGCCGCUUCAGGAGUUCUCAGCAACGGUUCAGGAGCAGAUACCAGACAACACACCUCACACCCAAAAUGACAGCAGCAUACAGCCCACUACCCAGCAGCCACAGGGUUCAGAUGCUGAGACAGAUCGCUCAGUGCAGGACGGGAGAGUUGGAAGACACAAACGAUCAAGAUCCAGGUCUGCACAGAGAGGAUUGUCAUCACGUUCACAAAGAUCACGGUCAGGGUCACGCUCCCGACACUUGAGACAUCGUCGCACACGGUCCCGAUCCAGAGAGAGGCAAAAACAUUCCCCGCGUGCGCGAUCGGAGGAGAGGAGAGAGAGGGAGAAAGAGCGAGAGAAGGAGAGAGAGAAAGAUCGAGAGCGCAGACAGAAAGGACUUCCAUCCAUCAAGAAGGAAACUCUGAGUGUUUGCAGUACUACAUUAUGGAUUGGACAGCUGGACAAAAAGACUCAAAAGCAGGACAUCAUGAGUCUGAUGGAGGAGUUUGGACAGAUCGAGUCCAUCAAUAUGAUUCCUCCCAGAGGUUGUGCAUACAUUGUUAUGGUACACAGACAGGACGCUAACAUGGCCCUAAGCAAACUUAGCAGAGGGGCUGCCAAAGUCAACCAGAAAGCUAUUAAGAUCGCUUGGGCGUUAAAUAAGGGCAUAAAGACGGAGUUUAAGAAGUUUUGGGAUGUGGAGCGCGGCGUCACUUACAUCCCCUGGGAUAAAGUGAAACCCGAUGAAAUCCAGAGUCUUCGAGGAGGCGGCAUGUUCGACGCUGAAACACUCAAAUCAGAGUGGAAUGUUGUUCUGACUAAUCCAGUUGUGCCAGUCACAGGAGGACCUGAAGGAAGACAGGGAGAUGGAGCUGCACUCCCAGCGGUACCACAGAGUCCUGCAUUUCAGCCUGUGGCAGUGGAGAAUGUUCAUCCAGUUCCUCCUCCUAACUUAGGUCUGCCUCCCCCGGCCAUGAUGAACACAGUGCCCCCUCCGACAUUCCCACCUCCAGGAUUCAAUCCGCCACAGAUGCCUGCAGGAUUCCAUCCUGUCGCCCCAGUGGCCCAGAUGAACCCUUGUGGUCCUCUUCCAACCAUCACAUCAGAAAACCCAAUGGAAGAACCUUUAAAAGACUCACAGGAGGGCCCUAAAAGUCACAUAGACCCAACAGAAGGUCAACAACUAAGUUCCCCACGUCCCGCCAACUUUCUGGGGCCCAGGCCUGGAUUUCUACCACCACAACCCCCUAUGGGACCUCGUCCGCCGCUUAUGCAACCCUUCCCCAACGAUAUGCCACGCCCAAACAUGCCACCUCCAAAUAUUCCCCUUCAAAUGAUGCCCCCCCAAAUGAUGGCCCCCAGGGGCCCCAACCCCAUGUUCAGGGAACCCCGCGGCAGUCGGUUCCGGAUGCCGAUGAUGGGCCCACGAGUAGAGAAUUUCCCUCCACCCAGAGAACGGAUCCCCCCUCAGGGGCCGCCCAGGGGUCCCAGGGAAGGAGAACAGUGGGAAGAGAAACCGUACUGGAAUGAUUGGCAGGAACAUGGACCCGAAAGAGGGCCAGAGAGAUUUGGAAAUGGGCCACCGUUCCAGCGGGGUGGAUGGGGCAGGGGUGGCCACCGUGGCCGAGGUAACUUUGGGAACUGAACGUAAAACAGAGGUUUUCCACUGGCCACUGGCUUCGAGUAGAACCAGAGCGAUUUCACGGACUUUGACUGAAAUGAGGUUUGGACUGCGGAAGACAGGGAACAGGAAUAAGGAGAACGUCCACACGGACACUGUUUCAAAAGUUCAUAGCCCACAUGAAAAUCGCAAACAUUGUUUCAAAGGUUCGUGUUCAGACACGUUUCGGAAUACGAGUGAUGGUGCUGAACUUUCUAUACAUUAAUAUUCAUCUUAAUAGGAGAGAGAGAACCAGGGAUCAUUCAAGUGUGAAAUUCCCAUUGUAAGAAUAAGCUCUUUCUAUCUCUCCCUGUGAAAUCGAAGGGGUCCGCAGUUUUUCAGACAUUGAUUCGCUACCUCUAGUGUAAUCUGAAACAUACGUGCAAACAGCAAGAGGUCUAGUAUGAUACUUUAAAUGUUUAUAGUCCGGCUUAGACACUUUAAGAAGUUCUACCAUGAAGAAAUCAACUCUGAAAAACAUCCUGCCCACAUUUCGUUGUAUAUAUUUGUUAGUAAUAUUUUGUUUAAAGCUUCUGUACCCUUUCAACGAUAAAGAAGAGAGUAGCUACAGUGUACUGUGAUGAAAAUGAUCCGUUUUUAUCAAACUGGAGGUUACGCGUGCAUAAUUCUGCCGAAGAGUAUUGUCUGUGGGCGUUUCAUUUUACGAAACUAUUUUUUUAUCAUUCCUGCUUUCAUUUUCUUUGUGAAUUGUUUAUAUUAACAUGCUAAAACAAAAACGAGUAAAUGUUAUAUAGCCACUUAAACUGAGUUCUUGUUCAUUUUCUGAAGAUGACUUGAUGUGAAGAAAGUAGUUUUGGAGUUAUUUCAGUAGAGGUCGCUAUUUGUCAACACUCACAGAUCUAAGCCCUGUCAGACUAGCAAUUAUUUAUUUCUCAUAACAUCUGCUGGUUAAGAACUUGUGUUAUUACCCAGAUAGCACACGUACAUCUCAGAGAUGUCUGUUUAAGAGUGUUUCAUCUGCAAAGCAUCACAUUCUUAUUAGCAUCUGCUAAACAUCUUAAAAAGGUCUGAUUUACAAACAUUCUAAAUCAUAAACAUAUCAAAGUCAUCUGCUGAAUGUUUUGCAUCUGAAAGCAAACGUCUUUUAUUCCAGAUGAGCAAACGAUCUAAAAAAUACAUCUUCCUGAUCACACAUCAAGUAGAGUCUCCCUGAUAGCACACGUACAUCACUUGGACAUCUUUUUGAUGUAUGUGUUUACAUCUGGAAGAUGUAUUUUUUAGAUUAUUGGUUUAUCUGGAAUACGUCUAUUCGAUGUUUCCUCUCAGAUGUUAGUAAGACAUUCAGCAGAUGUCUCUGAGACUUUAUGAUUUAGGAUGUUUGUAAAUCUGAUCUUUUCAAGAUGUUUAUUAGAUGUUAAUUAGAAUGUGUUGCUUUCCAGAUAAAUUGCUCUUAAAAUUACAUUUUUAGAGGUGUAUGUGUGCUAUCUGGGAUAUUUAAAUAAUAUGCAAGCUAUAUUUACAUAUUAUUUACAUAACACGAAAUGGUAAGAGUAAAGCCAUGUAAUGGUAUACUAAAAAAUGGUGAACUUUUGGCCACCAGUGUGUGUGUGUGUGUGUGUAUACACACACACACACACACACACACAGCCAGUGUUUUCAUUCCUCAAAACAAUGAUUGACUGAUGAGUUUCUAGAGAAAGCUGUUUCAUUUUUGCCAUUUUUGAUCUAAUAUUGACCUUAAGACAUGCCAGUAUAUUGCACACUGUGGCAACUCAGAAACAAACACAAAGACAAUGUUAAGCUUCAUUUAACGAACCAAAUAGCUUUCAACUGUGUUUGAUAUAAUGGCAAGUGAUUUUCUAGUACCAAAUGAUCAAUUUAGCAUGAUUACUCAAGGAUAAGGUGUUGGAGUGAUGGCUGCUGUCUAUAUUUGGUCAAAAAUGACUUUUUUCAAAUAGUGAUGAUGCUGUUUUUUUACACCAGUAAUGUCCUGACUAUACUUUGUGAUCAGUUGAAUGCCACUUUGGUGAAUUAAAGUACCACUUUCCUUCCGAAACAGCAAAAUCUGUACGUUAUUCCAAACUUUUGGCUGCCAGUUUGUAUAUUUAUAUAUAUAUAUAUAUUUAUAUACAGGUGCAUCUCAAUAAAUUAGAAUGUUGUGGAAAAGUUCAUUUAUUU